AUGUCAGAAUCCCAGAUUGAUCAUAGUAUCUCUAGAAAACUCAAGGAUGUGGCUGCCGGAUUUGCAGGUGGUGCUGUUCAAGUGUUGAUCGGGCAACCGUUCGAUCUCGUCAAAGUGAGAAUGCAAACAGGCCAAUAUUUGUCUCCGAUAACAGCAAUCCGGGAUACUUUGAAAAAUGAAGGAAUUUUGGCUUUCUACAGAGGGACCUUAGCUCCACUGUUUGGGGUGGGUGUGUGCGUGAGUGUCCAAUUCUACGGUUUUCACGAAGCAAAAAGACAAUUGCUGAAAUUCAACCCGAAGCAGAGCGAGCUGACAUUGGGCCAGUUCUAUUUGGCCGGUGCGUUUGCGGGAAUUGUCAACACGCCUAUCACCUCUCCGGUGGAGCAGAUUAGGAUCUUGCUGCAGACCCAGAGAGGAAAUGAGACCACCCUUUACAAGGGACCCAGGGAUGCGGUUUCCCAGAUAUACCAAACCUAUGGUGCCAGAGGUUUAGGUAGAGGAUCAUUGAUCACAGUCUUACGUGAGUUCCAGGCUUACGGGGUCUGGUUUCUCACCUACGAGUUUCUCAUGCAAAAUGCAUGCAGGACGAGGAAGAUAGCGAGAGAGUCCAUCAGUACACCUGAACUUAUGCUCUAUGGAGCAAUCGCUGGUGACACUCUGUGGUUAAGUUCUUAUCCGUUGGAUGUGAUAAAGUCUAGACUGCAGAGUGACAAAUUUGGCGCUGAGUCGAGAUAUGGAGGAAAGAUAUCUAAUGUGGUGAGAGAGAUAGUGAAGGCUGAAGGAUUGAGAGGGUUCUGGAGAGGAAUAGGUCCUGCUCUGGUGAGAGCCAUACCUUGCAGUGCGGCCACAUUCACAACUGUUGAAUUUGCCUUGAGGUUGAUGGAGUGA